AUGUUUGGCAUCAAAAAACUGGCGUAUCAGUUUGGCAGAGCUGUCGGAUACACAGAUCCGACAGCGCUCCCACAGCAGGUUCAGGCUCGUUGUCAGGAUUGCGAAGGCUAUAGGGAGGCACUGGUCGAGGCUUGUGAAGCCAUGCUACAAAUCAUGCAAGGCAAUCCUGCUUUUACACCACCAGUGAAUUCCGCACAACACUGUGAAUGCCCCAAAGGCACAGCACCAAGCGAAAUGUUUGACAAAAGCCUGGAGAGCGUGAAAGGCUUCUGGCAUGACGAGGAGUAUGAAGAUUUGAAGAGAACAUUGCUGAGGUCAAAGGAGGACUUGGAAUUGGCUCAGGAAGAAUUGAAAAAGGGCGAAAAUAUGUUCCGAAAAAGAACUGUCAAAAAAGCCAACGAAAAAUACGAGGCUGAUCUCAGAGCGCUGGAAAGCUUCCUGACGGGUACGAUACCAGGGCAGAAGAUUGAGCACUUGAAAGAAAUUGAAGCGAUGAUGUCCGAGAUACAGUCCUACCACGAAUGGGUGUCAUCAUACUGUAGUCCAUUGGCGAGCUACAAAGUAACGCAGCCACCGAAUCUCUAA